AUGUCAUCCCAGCCCAUCAACUAUUCGGUCUGCAGUGAAGAUGUUGACGAUGGUUCUCGCAACAUCCUCCUCGGAAUUGCCUCACAAUUGACGAAAGGCAUGGAUCUUCAUCGGGUUACUUUACCUACAUUUGUGCUGGAAUCGCGUAGUAUGGUAGAGCGCAUAACAGAUUUCAUGUCCCAUCCCAAUCUUAUUCUAAAUGCCAAUGAAAUUGACGAUCCACUCGAGCGCUUUAUUGCUGUCGUUCGUUAUUUUCUCUCUGGAUGGCAUAUCAGACCAAGGGGUGUGAAGAAGCCUUACAACCCCGUAUUGGGAGAAUUCUUCCGUUGUCGUUACUCUUACGAGGACGGUACAGAAGGUUUUUACCUUUCCGAGCAGGUUUCUCAUCAUCCUCCGGUUUCUUCUUAUUUUUACACCUGUCCCGAGCACCACAUCACAGUUACUGGUGAUAUUAAGCCUAAAUCUAGAUUUCUUGGCAACAGUGUGGCUACACUUAUGCAAGGAGAUACUCAGUUGAUUCUUGAGAAGCGUUUUAACGAGAGAUAUGAUAUAAGGAUGCCUAAUGUCUACGCACGAGGAAUCUUAUUUGGAACAAUGACAAUGGAACUGGGUGACACCUCAACAGUUCGGUGUAUCACGAGCGAUCUGAUCUGCGAAUUAGAAUUCAAGACCAAAGGGUUUUUCUCGGGCCAAUGGAAUUCAGUUGUAGGAAAGAUCAAGAAGGAAAGCACCCAAGAGUUAUUAUGCGAAAUCACAGGUCAAUGGUCAAAUGAAACUAUGAUCAAGUACUGCAAAACCAAUGUCAAGAAGCCGUUCUUUGAUGUAAAAACCGCGACAUUAUUUCCCAAAUCUGUUCCACCAGAAACUGACCAGGAGAGGCUUGAAUCCAGACGUCUCUGGAGUGCUUUGACAGCAGCAAUCCAAAGUCGUGAUAUGGAUAAGGCCACAGAAGAAAAAACGUUUAUAGAAGAUGAGCAGAGACAAGCUACAAAAGAGCGCGAAGAGCAUGGUAUUCCUUGGAAACCUCGAUUCUUCGACAUAGAGCAUGAUGAAUACAUAUUCAAGGGACUUGCACAGUGA